AUGAACCAAAAAGAAAACCUGUCUUCUUACAAAGCUGACCUUUUCCAACUUUUCAAACAGCAAGGCAUGGACAACGACUUAAAAGCCAUUAUGCGAGCCAAGCUUCUUACAAAGAUAAAAGGUCAGCACCAAGUGAAGCCUGACGACUUGAAUACUCGUAUAUUAUCAAGCCUUUUUCUGGACUUCUUAAAAGCUCAAGGCUUCCAAUACACCACAUCUGUUUUUGUCCCAGAAUGUGGAAACUCAGACAGGAUGCUUUCACAAGCUGAGAUUGCCCAAGCCCUUGGCGUGCCUCUUCCUGAUGCCGGGUCAUUUCUUGAAUAUAUUAUUGCACAGUUUAAAAAAUCAGUGACUAAGCCUCAUAUGUUUGAAAGUGCAGCACAGACAGAAGAUGAUGCGGCUGUAAGCAAUUUGGAAGAAAGAUUGAGAAAGCUAGAUAUAGAAUACAUCCAAAAAACCAAAGUUUCAGAUGACCCACAGACACUUGAAGAAAGAAUGCUGAGGUAUCAAAGGGAAUGUGACACCCGCAUGAGAAAUGACCUUGCCCAAGAAAUUGCAAGGGUCAGAGAAAUCGAAAUCAGUGCUUUAAGAAUAGAAGAAGCCAAUAAAUAUAGGCAGCAGCUUCAAAAAAUCAGAACUGAGCAAGAAGAGUACUGAAGACAGCAGUUAGAAGGCUUAAAAGAACGAGAAAGAGAAGCCAGAGAACGGCUUAUGAUAAGAGAAAAAGAAAUUGAAGCCAAAGAAUACGCUCAGAGGCAGCAGCUGCUAAAAGAUAUGGAAGCCCUAAAACAAAAGGAAAAAGACUUAAAACGUGCAGUUGAGCUUGAGCUUGAAGGUGCAAGACUGCAAAAACAGUCCUGGGAGCAAAAAAAGAACGAAAGUGAAUCCAAGCUUAAAGAAAUGGAGGCAUUAAGGACCAACAUGGUAAAUAAAGCUGAAGAAGACUUCUUCCACUAUAAAAGAGAAUAUGAAAGAGAGCAUGAAGAAGAACGAAGAAGACUUAUCAAUGAAAGAAUGGAGCUAGAAGCGAUGAGAAGAAGCCUAGAUAUGGACACUAGCAGGUCUAAAAAUAAUGAAGAAAAAUGGCACAUGAUUUUUAAUCUGCAAUUUCCUGGCCGAAAAACAGUUUUUUUCUCUUUCAAAAAUUUAAAUAUUUUUGCCUAUACACUGAAAAAUUUUUUGUAAAUUUUUGCAUAUGGCUAGUAGAAUAAAAUUUAGCCAAGAAAAAUGCAUGAAGCUGGAAAAUGAUUUAUCAGAAGCUUUAAGGCUUAAAACAUUAUUCAAAGAAGAAAGGAAAAAAUUUGAAAAGGAACUGGCUCAAACUAGAGAAGAGCUGAGAAUUAUGAAUGAGACUGGCAGGAGAAAUAUGGAUUUGCUGGUGCUGAAAGAAGAAGAAUUAAAAUCAGCAAGGGCUGACUGUGAGACUUAUAAAAAUUUGUUUUUGGAGCAGAGAGAGACAGUUAAGAAAUACGAAAAUUACCAGCAAGAAAUAGUUAAAAAAUUGACGAGGGAGGUAAAUAAUGUAAGAAGCUUGGGAAAUGAGUAUUUAAAUGAGCUUGACCCAGGCGAUGAAUAUUUAGCAGAAAGAAGGCAAGCUUUUGAAGCACUUUCAAGAGAAACUGUAGAGUUAGGCAGGACAGCUACAGAGCUUCUCAGGCCGGCUCCUAUGAUGAGGUUUUCUGACCCUUUUUCGUCUAUAAAAAUCCCGGGCAGGGCUACUCUUCCUUCAUAUAGCCACUACUCCCCCAGGACUUCUCCUAACCGUCAAGACGAGAUCCCAGAAGUCAGUUCUCGACGUGAAGAAGAGGCCAAGUCUAGCCGUUCCCCACCUCCAGUCAGACAGCGCACCCCUGAGCAGCAAUCUCCUCCUCCAUACAGAGAGCCCCAAAGAACUCCUGAACAACAGACUCCUCCCAGAUACCAAAUGGCUUAUGAAGAAGAAAAAAGCAGAAACAAUCCAGCUACAAAUACCCGCCCUCAAGCCCCUUACAUAGAACGUGAGCCUUCAGAAGACAUAGAAGAAAGCGGGCACAUUUUUGAAAGCGGCUACGACUAUAACGAGACUGAAGAAGAACAAAAACUCCCAACUCCUCCCCCUGUAGACCUCACAAGAAGAGUAGAAGACUACGAAGUCAAACUUAAAGAGAGAGAAACGUUCUCCUUAAGGCUGUCUCACCAAGCCUCCCCUGAAGAAAGCCAGGAAAGCUCUAGCAUCGAUUCUGAUCCAAUAAUAUAA